UAGCGAACAGAAAGUCAACAAGGAUCCCAGAAACAGGCAGCCUGCUUUGGCUUCAGUGAAGUUUAACAGUUUGUGCGAGUUGCUUAAAUGAACACAGACUGUGACUGCGUUUGAAUCACUAGUCCAGGAUGAGAUCUGUGUAAAAAAAAAAAAAAGCUUCAUGUUUGAAACCAGUGUCAGGCUGUACUGGCCAACUGGCAUCAGAAUGAAGUGAAUGAAGCCUUUUGCAUUCUCUAAGAAACCCAAAUGACGCCUUUAAAUUCGUCAGAUUGGUCCCCCUCCCUGAACCUGUUUCUAUUCUGUGAAAUUACUGCUCUGCUGAGUAGAUGAUCAACAGCUGCUAAAUAAUAUUGCUUGUGAGAUCACAGCGUCCUUAAGAUUGACACGCUCUGACUGCUCUGGAGGAUGGAUCCUGUAGUGCUCAGCUAUCAUGACAGCCUGCUGCGGCGCUCUGAUGUCUCUCUACUGGAAGGACCUUACUGGCUUAAUGACCAAGUCAUUGGUUUUGCUUUUGAGUACUUUGCUGCCGAGCGCUUUAGAGUCCUGGGGGAAGCCGUUAUCUUUAUCAGCCCAGAGGUCACCCAGUUCAUCAAAUGUGCUUCCUGCCCUGAUGAGUUGGCAUUGUUUCUGGAGCCACUGGAUCUUGCUUCUCGUCGCUGGGUCUUCCUAGCAGUGAAUGACAACUCCAACCAGACCGCUGGAGGGUCCCACUGGAGCCUCUUGCUUUAUCAUCACAACUCCAACCACUUUGCCCAUUAUGACUCUCAAAAUGGCAGCAAUUCACUUCACGCACGGCGCAUUGCCAGCAAGUUGGAGCCUUUCCUGGGCGCAGGGAGGAAAGCGCUGUUUGUCGAGGAGCCCUGCCCAUCCCAGCAGAACAGCUAUGACUGUGGCAUGUAUGUUAUCUGUAUUGCCGAGGCCUUGUGCGAGAAGGCCCGGGUGGAGGGCUCGCCACGCCUUCCUGUGCAAAUGAUCACCCCAGCCUACAUCACCCAGAAGAGGGCCGAGUGGUGCAGACUGAUCCAGAGCUUAGCUCAGAAUGACCUCUGCUGCUCACUGUCUUUCCCUUAGCACGUCGAUUGCCCCGCACUGUAUGCAGUAAAGCUGUCACCCCACAUAUCUACUGCUGGAGAAUCUGAAUGCACUCCCUCAAUACAGUAUAUAACUAUAUAUAUGAAAUCUAUUUCUAUUACAGUCUCCGUCAUACUCCAUUAUCAAAAAAGAGUUAAAAACAUAAAGCAAUGCUUCAAAUAUUUAAUGACUUCAGAGAACCAUUGGUGUCGUGUAUAUGCACAGAAACAAAAAGUAUGUAAACAAGAACACCAGCAUGCCUAUAAAACAGAUUUUCUCCUGUGUACAUAUUGAGCGAGGACGUCGUGGAAGAGGAGGCACAGACUUUUUUUUUUUUUUCUCCAUUUUCUGAGUUUGGAGCGAAUGUAGAAAUGUUUACACAGAUUAUUGCUCAGGGUCAUUUUAAAUGAACUGAAUUGACAAUAAGAAUGUGCACAUGAACUCUGGCUCCUACUUUUGUCACACAGUCAUUGUGUUCGUCAGCUUGAACGUGCGUACUUUUAGUUUUUGAGAUAAUUUGAAGAAUUCCUGCUGUAU